UCAAGAUGGCGUCUCAGCAACAGCAGGUCGGCGGGGCGACGUCUCAGCCCGUCUUACAGCCCGCUUCAUUACAACAACAACAGCAGCAACUGAGCCAGCAACAAGACUUCGACCCAGUACAUAAAUUUAAGAUGCUUAUCCCACAGUUGAAAGAGAGUUUGCAGAAUGUCAUGAAGAUCGCAUCCCUGAAUUUGGCCCAUAACACCACACUCGACAACGGCAUUAAAAGCAGCGACACCUCCGUGCAGCGCUUCGACAAGAGCCUCGAGGAGUUUUAUGCUCUCUGCGACCAACUGGAGCUGUGUUUGCGGCUGGCGUACGAGUGCCUCUCCCAGAGCAUCGACAGCGCCAAGCAUUCACCCAACCUGGUCCCGACCGCCACCAAGCCGGACACGGUGCAGACGGAGUCCAUGUCGUACACCCAAUACCUCGGCAUGAUCAAGUCUCAGAUCUCCUGCGCCAAAGAUAUCCACAACGCUUUGCUGGACUGCUCCAAGAAGAUCUCUGGGAAGGGACCGCCUCAGGGACCGCCUCAGGGACUGCCUCAGGGACCGCCUCAGGGACCCCCUCAGGGACCGCCUCAGGGACCGCCUCAGGGACCGCCUCAGGGACCUCCUCAGGGGCUGCCUCAGGGGCCACCUCAGGGGAUCAUGCCAAUAGACGACCCCAAGUCUUCCUACAGCCGGUGACACUUUUGAGAAGGAUGAUGGAUGUCGUAUAUGAGCUCUUCCAAUAGUCACGUCUAAGUUUUGGUUAAAAUACUGUUUAAUUUCUCAAGAUCCUGUAUAUUAUUUUUUGUAAGUUAUGCCUCCUGCAAACGCCGUGUAAAUAUAUCCAGAUAAAAAGUAAUGUUCCAAGAUGACCACAAGGUGGCGGCAGAGUUGUAACCGACAACUCAAUAUCCUCAAGUCUUUUGUAGCUUAUUUGUAUUUAAUAUUAACACUUUUUACUGUUUCUUAUGUUUAAAAAAGAGUAUAUUCAUAUUUCUUUUACUCCACCGGUCAGUUACAACAAAGUUACGUUUUCAAUUAAAAUGUUUUACUCCGCAACAGAAAAAUAACUGUAAAGAUCGAACAAAGUAGUCCAAGUGAAGAACUUUAAAUUUACACUAGAAUGAAAUAAAUAAAAUCUGUCACAUGCAUCAAGUAUAACUUUUAGUCCUUGGAGGAUCCUGUAAAAGAAGUAUCUGAUUUAACAGAACAGUAGCCUGGGGGAUUAAGAGUUUAUGGAAUAUUGUGAGGAGUGCAAUCUGUUUAAGGAUUCAUACAUUAGUGCCUCUACCGGUUAGAACGAUUCCUUUUUUUCCUUCUUCCCAUGAAUGAGCCGUUUCAGUGAAGCAUUGGACCCAUAUAGAGUGUUAUGGUUUAACCACACACACGACUAGUCAAAAGUUCUCUAAAGGAAAGACCUUUAAGUGUUAUAAUGGUCUUUAACUUUAAAGUAACUCACUCUGAGGUCACUGUAUCUUUUUGAUCUGCAUCACUAUUGACACGACUGGACUAAAUGUCUUCUCACCUAUACCCUAAACUUUUCUCUCAAAUCCACACUAAGUUUUAAAACACCUUAAUUUCUCUAAAGGAAAGAUUUUUAAGGGUUAUAAUGGUCUGUCUUCUUUUGUUAAUCGCCUUUUUCUUGCCAUUAUAAGAGCAACAUACGACUUCCUGCAGUACAGUACUGUCCAAAUAACGCUUAAGAGGGUGUAGUGACACAGUCUGUUCCCACACUGCUUUGAUACAGACAGGUUUGGGGAAGUAAUCAACACAAGUGGAGACACCUGUAGGAACUGUCAGCAUCAACUUUCAAGGCUUAAUUUACUUCAGCUGCACGUCGUUAACCCUUAAUUACUUCUCUGAAAAAGGCCUUUUUGUAUAACACUCAAAUGUACAUUAUUUUUCAGUUUUUUGAAACCUAAACUUUUUUUGUUUAACCUCUGGCAGUUUGCCACUGACCUUUUGUACCAUUUCUAGUUAUUCACUCACUGGACUUGAACUGCUGACAUUUCAAUAAAAACUAAAGAAAUGGGGGAAGUGUUCUCAAACUGUU